GUUUGCGUCAAAAAUAUUGGCCAGUGAGUGAUUCAGUGUAUAGAGAUCAGUGGUCGUGACUCGUGACCGCUUGGUUACUUGACACUUUUAGAAGGCGUGUAGACUUUCUUUCGUGUGUGUACGCUUCGUCGAGCUAUGAUGUCGCGGGUUAAAAAGCCGGUUUCUUUAUUGGGAUCCAUGGCGUUUGGUGGCCGAGUUAACGCCGAGCAGAGUCUGGAGAUGGUGACGGUGUUCCUGCAGCGCGGCUACGACCACAUCGACACUGCUUUCAUGUACGCUGACGGCAAGUCCGAGCAGGUCAUCGGGGCCAUGAAUCUGCCCCAUACAGUAAGCAUAGCGACCAAAGCGAAUCCUUGGGAUGGGAAGACACUGAGACCAGAGAGCGUGCGCUCACAACUGGAAACGUCCCUUCAGAGGCUGCACACUGAUUCUGUUGAUCUUUUCUACCUUCAUGCUCCUGACCAUCUCACACCCAUCCAGGACACACUGAGGGCCUGCAAUGAUCUACACAAGGAGGGAAAGUUCAAAGAGUUGGGCUUAUCAAACUAUGCAUCAUGGGAAGUGGCUGAAAUUGUGUGUAUCUGCAGACACAACAACUGGAUCAGUCCCACUGUGUAUCAGGGAAUGUACAAUGCCACUACAAGACAGGUGGAGACGGAGUUGCUGCCAUGUCUGAGAUACUACGGGAUCAAAUUCUAUGCUUACAAUCCUCUAGCAGGUGGUCUUCUGACAGGGAAAUACCAUUAUGAAGACAAAGAUGACUCCCAGCCUGCAGGAAGAUUCUUUGGUAACAGCUGGGCUGCAGCAUAUCGAGACAGAUACUGGAAGAAGAGUCAUUUCCAGGCAAUAGACAUUGUUCAGAAGUCGUUGGAGACAGCAUAUGGUGCAGAGAAACCCACCAUGGCAUCUGCUGCUAUACGCUGGAUGUACCACCACUCCCAGCUUAAGGGUGAUGUUGGAGAUGGAGUUGUCAUUGGCAUGUCGAGCAUGGAGCAACUUCAUGAAAACCUGUCCGCUGCAGAGGAGAGCCCUCUGGACAACAGCGUGGUCGAAGCCUUCAAGGACGCCUGGAAUCUCGUCGCCCACGAGUGUCCAAACUAUUUCCGCUGAAGGCCAAACAUUUAUCAUGAGACCACAGGCAGUAAUAGAGCUGUUGUGUAUGAAACCAGUUUCACACGUGCCUGAACACAGCAGGACUAACAAGGACAGGAAAAUGCUUUAGUCCUGCUCAGAAAGCUGUGGAUUUUUCAUAGGAUCAGCCAUGUGUUCUUUUGUUAUCCCUCAUUAGUUCCUCUCUUAAAUCUGUUCCACUAACAGCAGUUGGAAUUUUGAACUGGAGCCGUUCAGGCUUAUUUGAGCCUUGAUGCUAUCUGGAGAAUCAGCCUGAAUCAUUGCCAGAUGUCUUUAAAGGACAUUCAUGGUUUCUACUGAAGCUAUUUUGAAACCCUCUUAAUGGCUGAUGAACAAAUCCGCCCGCUCCUUUUUUGUCUCUUUAUUUCCUGUGGUGGAUGAAAUGGUUCCAGAACUGUAUGUUUCAACAGUCUGCCACGAGGGGGUGCUGUUGUCCUCUUCAAGCUUAGAGCCAGGAGUCCAAUAGUAGCCCUAUUAGCUUUUAUUCCAGUGUGUGUGCUCGUACGCACUAGUGCCUUAAAAUGACAGCAGUGUCCAAACAUUAACUAAAAAGAGAGACAAAAAUUAUGAAGCCAGUUGAUUUGUCUAAUUUUAGCACUAAAUUAUCAAGCUCCUACCUCAAUCCUGGGGAGCUGAGAACCUUGCCUGGUACCAUCCAGACAUCUGUAUGUAUUAAUGUGAGGCAUCACUGAAGUGCUUUGAACAUGAAAACCAAUAUGAAUGCAGUCCAUUUACAAUCUGAAUUUAUAUAAUCAGUGGAACUGCAUCUUGACCAUAUCCUCAACAGUACAGAAAUAUGCACAGAUUAUUUUUCCAUCAAAAUGUAAUUGUUAUGCUUUCUCCUUAGUUCAUGCUUUUUUUUUUUUUUUGCAAAUAAAAUCCAUCAAUUUCUUUGCCUGUGUACAUAUAGACUUGUAUGUGCUUGUACCUUAUUCAAAAAUUUGAUUAUAUUUUACCUACCCACAAUAAAU